AUGCAACCCCUGCCCCUCCUUCUGGCCUUCUCUGCCUGUGUCCUAGCAGAAAACCUCUCUAACAUCCGCUUGUCCGGCCCUCCUACACUCCCUCCAGAUGCAUCCAAAUACCUCAACCCAGCACUAGCCAGUUUCAGCAUCGAGACCGCUUUCUGGACCUCAUACGUCGGGAAUGUGUCCAACCCCAACUCGUUAACUAGGAACCUGCUGGAGAACCUCAAAAGCAGAACCGGUGUACCUGCAGAAAUCCGGAUUGGUGGCAUUACUGCUGACUCGACGUACUAUAACUCAACUUUGGAUAUGGCCUUGUUCAACUUUAUCACUGAUGAGUAUGACUUGUGCGGAACUCUGCAUAACACGACAGUUGGGCCAGAGUUUUGGAAAACUACGGAUUUGCUACCCGAAGGAACGAAAAUAGUCUUCAACUUGGAUCUCGAAGACCUCGAUUUUGAGGGUGCUUUAGACAUGGCGACGGCUGCCGUAGAGAAUAUGAAGGCUGGGCAGUUGAUUGGAAUGGAAAUCGGAAACGAACCCGAUCACUAUCUCGGCUUCACACCGCGAAGCUACACCAAUAUAUGGAUGCCCUGGACUAAGAACAUAUCAGACGCGCUGAACAUCUCGACACCAUUCUUCCAGAUUGCCGCCACCGCUGAGGAUCCACUCUGGCCUUACGGAACAGCUGCUGCUAAUGCACAGUUGGAUUGCGUGAGUGCGUUGGCAGUGGGUGCAAAUAAUGAUAGCACGGUGAAGACGUGUAGUGAGCACACGUAUCAAUAUAGUGUAUGCGACCCAGUCCGUCUGAGGCAGGCUACGCUGGUUAACCUGGUUAAUCACACUCGCCUGGCCCAGUAUCUUGACUUGUGGCAGCCUCGCAUCAAAAGUGUUCGCGAGCAGCUAGGUUCAGACUCAUUUGUCAUUGGGGAAUACAAUUCUGUAUCAUGCUCUGGUAGAGAUGGAGUUAGCAACACAUUUGGUCAAGCCUUGUGGCUUCUCGAUACCACUCUUUAUGCCGCUUCUAUUAACGUAUCUCGACUGUUCAUGCACCAGGGUGGUCCCCUGGCUCUACAAAGUUCAACUCAGCUCAAUCACGGAGGAUUGAGUCUCUACGACAUGUGGUAUCCCAUCGAAAACCUGAACGGACCAGUCAAAGUUUUCCCGUCCUACUCCGCCUACCUCUUUAUCGCUGAAGCGAUCGGUACUUCUCAAAGCCUUCGUAUAGGGAACAUAUACCCAGGCCGACAGGCCAACGGGUCAAGCAUCACUGCCGCGAUGGGGGACGCAUCCCAAGGGCAACUGGUGGCUUACGGAUUCUGGGAUGAUUCAAGUUUGGGUUACCCGGUGAAGUUGGCUCUACUCAACCUGCAGAGCUACAACGAGACGGAGGAGGGGACAAGACCGAGCACCAUGUUCGAUAUUUCGAAGUACCUUUCAGAAGGUAAGGGCUCGGUCACCGUUCGGAGGCUACAGGCCCCAGGAGCCGAUGUGAAAGAGGGAAAUGUCACCACGUGGGCAGGACAGACAUAUGCGAACGGUGUUGCAGAAGGAGAAUUGAUAGAAGAGAAGAUUGACGGGGAAGUAAUCGUUGUCGCAGCGUCAGAGGCGGUUUUAGUUUCCCUCUGAUUCUCGUCAAUAGGCGUACAGAACAUUAUAUUGUAUUA